GAACAAAAAAUUGUUUUGAUUAAAUUAAAUUCUAAUUGUUGAUAAUUGAUUGUAAAGUGAAAACUAUCAGUUUAACCUUUUGAUGUUGAUAAAAUCGUCAAUUAGUAAUCCAGUGAUCACCUUGAUUAACAAUCGGAACAACAAUUAAGUAAAUUAACUAAAGUGGGAAGAAAACAAAAAAACAAUCAACUAUAAAUAUCCAACCAAUUAACCAACACAAAAGGUAAACUAAUAGCCAAUAUCAUCUUUAAUCCAUUACUAAAUUAUUAUCCUGGAUAAUUAAUUAAUCCCUUGAACUAAUCAUCAUUAAAGGAGCAAAAGUCAACACAAAGGAGAUGGAACAUUUUUCUAACCAAAACUGGAAAGAACAUCGGAUUUUAAUGGAGAUGUAAACAAAGAAGAAGAGGACAAAUUGAUGAUGAUGGAAAUAAACACCACCACCACCACCACCACCACCACCUUGAUCCACCACCAGAAGCCUUCACCUGUAAAUUAAGAGUUACUAUUAAAAGUGUAAUAUGUUGAUCUAUGGGAGAGACUAGAGAAAAGCUUCUGAGUUACUUGAGAUUAUAAGGAAACUGUCUCGAGAGGAUCAAAGUUUGUUAAGGGAAGAUGACAAGGAUUAGGAAGAUAGAAGAAGAUAAAAAGAAGGCCUAAAGAAAGAGAGACAGUUAAUUCACCUUUUCUCUCAAAUCAUCAUCAUCAUCAUCUACCUCCUUCUCAAUGUGUAAUCUACAACAUUGAAAUAAAAAGUGGUCAACAUCGUGGACUAAAUGAUGAAGAAAAAAAAACUAAAUCCUCAUCAUCAUCAUCUGUGUUUCACCUUCAUCCUCAUGAUGAUGAUCAUCAUCAGUGGGAGUUGGAAUGAUGAUUCGUCGCAAUUGCAAUCAAUUCCUAAAUGAUAACAACAUUUUAUUCAGAAUCAACUUCCCAGUCUUUAUGAUAACAUUGAUAUCAGAAUACAGUAAGUAACUUUUUAUUUCUUCACCUUCUUCAAACAAUUAAAUUCAUCAACAAAUUAACCAAUAAUUGAGACAAUAACUGUGAUCAUCUCUAAUACAUAAAUUGUGUCCAUCAGUUUACAAUCAAUUGAGUGUGUCAAUCCAAUCCUACUAAUCAACAAUCGCAAACUAAAUCAACAACAACAACAACAAUCACCGGUAGUGAAAUAUUUGGAUUACCAAUAAACAACAUUGUCCAUCUUAUAAUCAAGUGUCCAGUGUAUGUGUUUACCUUGAAUUUACAACAAUUUACUUGAUACAAUUAACGUGACCAUUUGUUUUUACAAAAACAUAAUCAAUUUGACAAUUGUGAUUAAAUUGCAAACAAUAUCAUUGAUCAUCAUACAAAAUUUUUGAAUGACAUUUCAAUUCUGGAUUUAACAAUCAACAUUUCAAUUAUCAUCAUUAUUUUCUCAUCAUCAGAAUUUUCCAAGGUGAAUGUUGUAAGAUUCAGAGGAUAUUCCUUCAUGAUGAUGAUGAUAUAACUUGAUUAACACAAUCAUACCAAACGUAAUAACAUUAAGGUAUGUAAAAGAUUUUCUUUUCUCCGGAGAUACUUUCAGGGAAAGUUCAGGGCACACCUCGAAUUGAGAAACUGAGAGAGUUAAAAACAUUAGAACUAUCAACUGGAAGGAGAACAGAAAAAAAUCAACUUCGAAAGAUUUUAUCAUCUUCAUCUUGAGUGUUCAUGGUGGAAAACUCUGAGGGAUCGUCUCCUCCUCAUGAAGAUCCAGAAUCGGAUAAGACAAUGAACAAAAAUCUCAUCGAGAUUCAGUGAAGGAUGAAAUUGAUUUGAUUGGGAAAAAGGAUAAGAAACUUUUCCAAGGAAACUGGAUCAAUAUCAACUUAAUAUAAUCCUCGAUUCUGAUGAUCAAGUGAUGAUGAUGAAAAUGAUGAACAUCAUCAUCAGGAAGUGGAAAUGAAACCUUUUUUGUUUUCUCUCAGAAUUGAAUGAUAACUUUGUAUAUUAGAUGUUAGAGACAAAUGGAAUGAAAAAUUGUGAUAAAAUCAUUGAUUCCAAUAUCAUGAUGGGUGAAAGUCUUCAUCUUCAUUUCCAAUAUCAUCUUUAAUCAUAUUAGUUAGCAUCAUUUUCAUCAACCUUUGCUCACCCUACCACACCCAAAGUCUCCCUCUUAGUGUAGAUGACAAAUAAGCUGAACCAUUUUUGAUUGACAGGUUUAUUGUCCCGUGUCAAACAGUUUGGACACAAAAUUUUCCGCAUCACUUUGCUUACUCAUCUUCAUUAUCAUCCUCAUCCCUUUGAACAUCCUGUUCAUCAUCCGCAUCCUUUUUUCAUCUCAAAUCCGAAAGGCUUAAUCUCAAUCCCUGACAAAGCAGAAAAAAAAUCAAAUUUUGUUUUUUUCUUUUACACCAACAAAUUAAAUCUCAAUCUUAAUCCAUCAUCACAAUUUAAUCUCCCAUCUAUAAGAUAAUCAAAAAGAUAGAGAGAGAGAGAGAGAGAAAAUGAUAAUCAUUAUAAUGAAUUGAUAAAGAUGAAACUGGUUAACUAAUUAACUUUGAUUCUGAUCACUAAUCACGAAGUUAAUUAACACACCGUUUAAUAAGAGACUAAGGAAAAAAACUAUUAGAUUAAAUUACUUUGGGAAGAUAAGCUAAUCAUCAUCAUUAUAUCAUCUUCAUUAAUAAUACAUAAGAUAAUUAUGAUUAGUAACUUUGUAUCAAUCGAUUGUAAUAUUAAAUCAUCAUCAUCAUCAUCUUCAUCUUCAUCAUCAUCAGCAAUGAAUCCAGCCCAUAGACAACAAUUAACCGCAACAAUUUGGUUAAUACCAACAAUUUACUAUAUCCUCCUAAUCAAUUACCUGAUACCAAUAAGUUUAUCCCAACAAUUAAUUGGAACCAAAUUAACUAAUUACAAGAAAAUUUCACCAGAGCACGUUCGAGAAUUCAGUUGUGGUAAACUUUACUAUAGAACAUUUCAUCUUGAUUCUCGUCGGGAUGUGCUUUAUGUUGGAGCCAUGGAUAAAGUAUUUCGACUUAACCUGGUCAAUGUUAAUCGGACCAAUUGUGAAAUUGAUUCAGUGUCUCUAGAGCCAACUAGUGUUUCUAACUGUGUUUCCAAGGGUAAAUCAGAGCAUUAUGAUUGCCGAAAUCAUAUCAGGGUGAUACAACCUAUCGGUGAUGGUAAUCGUUUAUAUGUUUGUGGUACCAAUGCUCAUUAUCCAAAAGAUUGGGUAAUCAAUUCAAAUUUAACUCGAUCCCAUUCACCGGAAUUAGUAAAUUUCCCCGGAAUCGGCAGUGGAAUUGCUAAAUGUCCCUUUGACCCCGAGGAUAAUGUGACCGCUGUUUGGGUUGAAAAUGGUAAUCCAGGUAAUCUACCUGGACUUUAUAGUGGCACCGUAGCCGAUUUUACCAAAGCAGAUUCUGUCAUCUUUCGUACUGAACUGUUCAAUUUAACCACUCGACAGUCAGUUCAUCCAUUUAAGCGAACCAUAAAAUAUGAUUCAAAAUGGCUUGACAAGCCAAAUUUUGUUGGUUCCUAUGAUAUCGGUGAUAAUGUUUAUUUCUUUUUCCGGGAAUCCGCCGUCGAGUAUAUUAACUGUGGUAAAAAUAUUUACUCUCGGGUUGCCCGAGUUUGUAAGAAAGACAAUGGAGGUCGAAGUAUUUUGAAUAAAAACUGGGCCACUUUUAUGAAGGCUCGAUUAAACUGUUCGAUUCCUGGAGAGUUUCCAUUUUAUUUCAAUGAAAUUCAACACAUCUACAAGCAUCCUGAUGAUAAUAGUAAAUUUUAUGCCAUUUUUUCAACCUCUCUUAAUGGUUUAAUCGGCUCAGCCAUUUGUACAUUUACAUUGGAUUCAAUUCAAGAGGUUUUCAAUGGUAAAUUUAAGGAACAAUCAAAUUCAAUGUCUGCCUGGUUACCUGUCUUAUCCUCAAAGGUACCCGAACCCAGGCCUGGUGCUUGUACUGAUGAUACACAAUCGUUGCCUGACUCUGUGCUCAAUUUUAUCCGUGGUCAUCCUUUAAUGGACUCAACAGUAGCCCAUGACAAUGGUAAACCUGUUUUCUAUAAGCGGGAUGUUAUUUUUACCCGUAUAGUUGUUGAUAAACUUGAUAAUAUAAAUAAUAAUGGUGGUUCAAGUGGUGGUCAGUAUUAUGUUUAUUAUGCUGGAACCACAACUGGUGAAGUUUAUAAACUUGUCCAAUGGACUGAUCCAAGAUCAGGUGAAGUAAAUUCUUACCUGGUUGAUGUUUUUGAAGCAACCAGCCCACAUCCCGUACGAUCCAUGGAAAUAUUUCCCAAAUAUAAGUCAUUAUAUGUUUCAUCUGAUUUUACGAUAAAACAAUUUCACCUUUCAAUGUGUAAACAACGUCAUGACAAUUGCCUGGGAUGUAUAAGGGAUCCUUAUUGUGGUUGGGAUAAGGAUCAUGGUGAAUGUAAACCUUAUGUCAAUGGUUUUAUGCAAGAUGUAACCAAUUCAACUCCAUCAAUUUGUGAUUCAUCAAUCGGUUUUAAAGAUCAGAAACUGGUCUGGGGACAGAGUGUCCAUCUUUCCUGUACCGGACGAUAUCAAGAUAUUGAACCGUUAAUUAGUGAAACUGGUCCGAUUAAAUGGUUUCACUCUCGAAAUGAAAGGUCAACACCUUUUGAGGUUAUUCCUCGACGGGAUAAGUUUAUUGUUACAAAUGAUAAUGGACUGGUUAUCCUUGGAGUGACCGAUCGGGAAUCAGGUCGAUAUGAAUGUAAAUUAGGCUCAAAUACGCUAAGUCGUCAUAAUAUAACUGUUGAUGCAAAAACUUGUACAGCCAUGAAUGAAGCUGAAUAUCGUAAAGUAUAUGCUGAUUGGUGCCAUGAGUUUGAAAGGUACAAAAGCGCAAUGAAAUCUUGGCAAACUAAACAAAAAUGCGCUCAAAGAGUGAAAAGUUGCCGCGAUAAAUGUGAUGCAGCGGAUUUCCAAUUAACUGGACCAUAGGAAACAAUUAACUUAAUCAUCAGUCCCACCAAAUGAUUAACUAUCAACAACAAAUGCAACUCGAUGCAAAAACUUUGAAAUAUCAUGAGACACACAAUCUUUUUUUAUAUUAUUAUUAUUAUCCAAGAAAUAUCAACACGAUUGAUAUUGUAAAUUAACUAAUUUCCCAUCCCAUUGAUCAGAAUUCUGAAUGUAAAUUAUUGUAAACAAUUUAAUUGAUCACA